UGCGUGAUGUUACUUUCAGUUGCUAAGAACUCGUCUGUCAUUUGAAAAUUAAUGUAAUAAACCUAAAAAAAAAGGCAAAGGUCUCCUGCUCGGCUGAAAACUCCUGGACACACAGCAUGUCACAGAGUUUCCAAAACGCCGAGUUGUCCGAGGGCCGGAGUUUUGAUAAGGUCGUGCUGCUGGGCCGGAACAGCGCUGACAAGUGCAUGAUUAGGAGGACCUUUCUCAGCUAUGAAGAUUUCAAGCCAGGUCAAUCUACAUAUGAGGCAUCGUGUGAGAUUGGAUUGAAAUGGAUCAGCAUCAUCGACCCACCUGAUGUUUCUAACAUUCUCGAUCCAGAAACAGAAACAAAGAUUUGGGAGUAUUUAAAGUUAUCAAGUGUGUUCCUCCUGGUGUUUCAGCAAGGAGAAGUACGUGCAGAAGAAGUCUGGUCUCACACUUGCAGGAGAAGUUCGGACAAAAACUAGUGGAUCAAACGGUUCCUGUGCUGAUUGUGAAGCAGGAGCUUCUGCUGCAGUCGUCAAUAUCGGCCGCGGUCGACCAGAACCUUAAAAAGAUCGCUUAUGCCUGCGGGAGGAGACUGUGUGUUUUCUACAGCGGAAUGGACAGAAUGCAACUGAUUGAUCAUCUUCAGAAAUGUUAUAACGUCACAGAAAGGAAAGAGAGGCUGGAACCGAGGGGGUAUGAAGAGAACAGGGAUGUUCAGCCCUUGCCCACUGAGCAAAGACCACCUGAGGAAAGAAGGCAGAAGACAGAAGACAGCAGAGUAGGUGCAAACCAGGUGGUCUCCACCCCUGACACGAAGAAAAGCAGCAGAGAAAGAAAUGUGAUGACCAUUGUGCUGUUGGGACAGACAGGCAGCGGGAAAAGUGCAACUGGAAACACCAUACUGGGCAGGAGAGAGUUUAAGUCCUUUGCCAGUUCUUCCCCCGUAACCCAGCGCUGUAAGAAAGGAGAGGGAGUAGUGUACGGGAUUAAGGUCAGGGUCAUCGACACUCCAGAUUUCUUUGAUGAGGAUCUACAGAAUCCAGAGGCUCAUAUUCAGAAAUGCAAAGAACUCUCUAAACACAGGCCUGUCGUGUACCUGCUGGUUAUGCACAUGGGUCGUUUCACAGAGGGCGAGAGGGAGUCCGUCUCAAACAUAGAGCAAACGUUCGGAGCCGAAGCGCUUCGGGAGACGAUCGUUCUGUUCACAGGCAAAGAGAAGCUGAAGGGACGAAAUUUAGAGGACUUCAUUAGAAAUGCUGACCUUCAACUUCAGCAGCUGAUCUCAAAAUGUGGUUCCAGAUAUGUAGCCUUUAACAACAGUGAGAAAAGCCCUCAGCAGGUGAAAAAGCUGAUGGAGAGCAUCAUGAAAAUGCAGGUCAAGCAGGGCCAAAACAUUAAAGAGCUCUACCCCGAUUUUAAGAAGUCAAGUAACAAUGAAUGCGCUACAUCAUAGACUAGGAUUCUUUUGUUAAUAAUAUAAUAAUAUGAAAUAAUAAUAACAUUGCAUA